UGAGUCUUUGGAACUGGAAGGAAAAAAAAAAAAAAGGCAUGUUGUUGCAUUGAAUGGAAUUUGGGGUUGGUUAAAUCCGGGUCUGACAGCUAAACCUUCAUGUGGAAAAUAGUGUUGCUUUCACACUGCAUUCUUUUCCAUUCAUUUUCUUAACCCUUUUCACGGACCUUAACUUAGUUUUUGUUCUUUUUGUUGUUCACUAGAUAUUACUUUCAUUUUUUUAUUUGUUUUCCCACUUCAGAUAUAGCUAGCUUCUCUUCUUGUUCCUUCACUUGUGUUCUCUCUCUCUCUCUCUCUCUCUCUCUCUAGUUCAUCCCUCUUCGAGUGUUCUUCAAUCACUAUUCUUUCAUGGGUUGCUGCUUCAGUGCAAAGAUCAAAGCUGAGAGCCCUCCACGCCAUGGUUUCUUUGGAUUGGGUUUUAAAUGCCCUCAACUUGUGUCUUUUUUGUGUGUGAGUUCAAAGGAUGGUAGCAGAGAAGAUGGUUUGAGUGGUUUAAGCAGCAAAGUCUCGACCACUGCUCCUCCGACUCCUCGGUCCGAAGGAGAGAUCUUGAAAUCCUCGAAUUUGAAGAGCUUCACCUUUGCUGAACUUAAAACCGCUACGAGGAACUUUCGUCCGGAUAGUGUGAUAGGAGAAGGUGGUUUUGGUUCUGUAUUCAAGGGGUGGAUUGAUGAGCAGACACUUGUACCGGUUAAACCCGGUACUGGAAUGGUCAUUGCUGUGAAGAGGCAUAACCAAGAAGGUGGACAAGGACACAGUGAAUGGUUGACCGAGAUAAAUUACCUGGGGCAGCUGCGUCAUCCUAAUCUUGUGAAACUGGUUGGUUAUUGCUUGGAAGAUGAUCAAAGGCUUUUGGUGUAUGAGUUCUUGACCAAGUGUAGUUUGGAUAAUCACUUAUUUAGGAGGGCUUCUUAUGUUGAGCCGCUUCCUUGGAACAUUCGGAUAAAGGUUGCCCUUGAUGCUGCUAAGGGUCUGGCAUAUCUCCACAGCGACGAAGCAAAAGUGAUAUUCAGAGACUUCAAAACUUCUAAUAUAUUGCUUGAUUCGAAUUAUAAUGCGAAACUUUCUGAUUUCGGCUUGGCAAAGGAUGGACCAGCAGGUGAUAAGAGCCAUGUCUCUACAAGGGUGAUGGGCACAUACGGUUAUGCUGCACCUGAAUACAUGGCCACAGGUCACUUGACCAAGAAGAGUGAUGUAUACAGCUUCGGAGUUGUUCUCCUAGAAAUCAUGUCGGGUAAGCGCGCCCUCGACAACAACAGGCCAUCCCGGGAGCAGAACUUGAUUGAAUGGGCCAAACCUUACCUCAGCAGCAAGCGCAGGAUCUUCCAAGUCAUGGAUGCUCGAAUCGAAGGCCAAUACACGCUGCGCGAGGUGAUGAAAUUAGCUAACCUCGCCAUCAAAUGCCUAUCGGUCGAGCCGAGGUUUCGGCCGAAGAUGGAUGAGGUGGUGAGGACAUUGGAGCACCUGCAUGAUUCCGACGGAGAGGGAUGCUCUAGAGAUCAAGAUUUGAAAAGGAAUGGUCAUAGACAUAGCUCAGGAAGCAGUGGUACUAAACAACAUAGAAGAAAGCAUGAAACAAUUACGACAACCAUGCAAAAAGAAUGAGAUUAGUUGCCACUACUUAUGCUGUUGAGUUUGGUAUAUCAUUAAUUAACUAAUUAAUUAAUUAAUUAUUGUAUAUGAUGAAGAACUUAAGCGUAUAUGAGGCAUCUGAUCGCUGUACAGGUUUUGAUUCAGUAAUAUUAUUAAUUCCCACAUUUCUUUCUCUUUU